AUGGUGCCAUGCGAUAUAAUAGGCCUGAAUGAUCAGCUUAUAUCGGGUUCGAAACCACAGAAGAAAGCAAUUCGUAUUCGAGUACAUCCUGGCACAUUGAAUGCCAGUCAAACAAACAGUGAUUUGGCGAGAAGUAUUGAAACUUCUUCAAAACAGUUAAUCGAACAAUUGUUUGGCGGUGAUUGGUCAUUCGAAAUGCCGAAUCAUCCCGACGUACGUGUCGAAAAACUGCAGCAGUUGAGGAAGUUGUUCUCGAAUGCAAGUGCUCGAAUCUCACAUUUUAAAGAUUGCGUUGUGUUGAAUUGGUUAUUUGAUAUUGAUGAUAAUAAUAAUAACAACAGUCAUAAUAUGACAAUGUCAUCGGCUCUUCUCAAAUCGCUUUCGUUGAAAGUUUCCUCGCGUCCUUUCGAUGACUCAACAAAACAACCAAAAAAUGCGCACAUGCAAAUUGUUUCGUUGUCGUUCAUCAGAGACGGCAUCGCAGAGCCUUUAGUGGAACUUUGUUUCACCGAUCUCAGAGAACCGAAAUGGCUGAAAACCGAUCGUAAAGAUCAUAUAAUUGAUGUGGAUAAACGUGGAUUUCGCAUCCAUCUACGAAAGACUAACACUGAAGAAGGCUCAGUGCCGAUUCGUAGGUGUGAGCAUGUGCGUGCUGUCAGUUUUCAAAACGACGGUACUACGAAGGAGAUGCUUCUGAUCGACUCUCAGAAACGCAUCGAUGAGCUACGCCAACGUCUCGACGAGUCACUAUCACAGUUUCAACGUCAUCAAAAGUUGCAUUCAAACUCAAAUCAUCCAUCAAAACCACACAACAGUAACAUAAAACAACGCCGCAUCUUAUCAGUUCUAUGCCAAAAUACCGAACAAACCCUAAUUCAAAUUUCGGGUACCAAAUCACUGAAUUAUUUGUUUGCUUCACCACUUCAAAGCACUCACAAUCGUCAGUCCACAUCUCCACUGCACCUAAUCGUUGGCAAUUCGAAUGAUCAAUCAUGUACGGGUGAUUCAUUGCCGAGUAGUCCGGCGAAUAGCGUCGAUUCUGGAAUCUCAUCAUUUGGUUCGCUGAGCAAUUCACCGAGUGUAUCGCCUGGCUCAUCGCCUGUCUACACCAGAAAUGUUCCCUUCAUGCAUAGUUACGGUUAG